GGCUCCAGGAAGCCGGGGAGGGCGCGGCGGCCGGGAUGGCGCGGCGCGGGCCGCGCGGCUAGACGGGCGUCGGAGGAGCCGCCGGCCCGCGCCCUCCAUUCUCUCGCUGCGGGAGCCGGUUCCGCGCGGGCCGGGAGCUGUCGCGUCUCCGGCAGCCGCCUACGGUGACGCGGGGCACCUGGACGCUCGCGAGAUGCCCAACCCCAAAAACAGUAAAGGCGGCCGCAAAAACAAGCGCGCCAACAGCAGCGGGGACGAGCAGGAAAAUGGAGCCGGGGCCCUGGCGGCGGCGGGCGCGGCGGGCGCGGCGGCCGGCGGGGCCCUGGCUGCAGCGGCCGGCUGUGGAGCGGCGGCGGCGGGCGCGGCGGGCACCGGGGGCGCGGCGGGCACCGGAGGCACGGGCACUGGCGCCGCCAACGCCGCGGCCGCCCCGGGGGCUGCGGCCGCGGGCGAUGCCAAGAACGAAGCCCCAUGUGCCACCCCCCUGAUCUGCAGCUUCGGGAGGCCCGUUGACCUGGAGAAGGACGACUACCAGAAGGUGGUGUGCAACAAUGAGCACUGCCCGUACAGUGCGUGGAUGCACCUGCAGUGCUUCUAUGAGUGGGAGAGCAGCAUCCUGGUCCAGUUCAACUGCAUCGGCCGUGCGCGCAGCUGGAACGAGAAGCAGUGCCGCCAGAAUAUGUGGACCAAGAAGGGCUACGACCUGGCCUUUCGCUUCUGCUCCUGCCGCUGUGGACAGGGUCACCUUAAGAAGGACACAGACUGGUAUCAGGUGAAGCGGAUGCAGGAUGAGAAAAAGAAGAAGUCAGGGUCAGAGAAAAACACAGGGAGGCCCCCAGGCGAGGCAGUGGAGGACGCCGCCUCCACAAAAAAGUGCAGGCCACUGAACAAGCCCCAGAAAGGCCUGAACCACGACCUGCCCCGCCGGCACUCCAUGGACCGGCAGAACUCCCAGGAGAAGGCGGUCAGCGCCGUGCCGUACGGGGCGCGCUCCCCCUGUGGCUCCCCCGGCCAGUCGCCGCCCUCUGGCUACUCCAUCCUCUCACCGGCCCACUUCAGCGGCCCCCGCUCCUCCAGAUACCUCGGAGAAUUCUUAAAGAACGCCAUCCACCUUGAGCCUCACAAAAAGGCCCUGGCCGGGGGGCACGUGUUCAGAAACGCCCACUUUGAUUACAGCCCGGCUGGGUUGUCGGUUCACAGGGGGGGCCACUUUGACGCGCCCGUGCAGUUCCUGCGGCGGUUGGACCUCUCCGAGCUGCUCGCUCACAUCCCCAGGCAUAAGUUGAACACUUUCCACGUUCGGAUGGAAGACGAUGCGCAAAUGGGACAGGGCGAGGAUCUGCGGAAGUUCAUCCUCGCGGCCCUCAGUGCCAGCCACAGAAAUGUUGUAAACUGUGCCCUGUGCCACCGUGCGCUGCCGGUGUUCGAGCAGUUCCCGCUGGUGGACGGCACUCUGUUUCUGAGCCCGUCCAGACACGAUGAGAUCGAAUACGAUGUUCCCUGUCACCUCCAAGGGAGACUCAUGCACCUGUACGCGGUAUGCGUGGACUGCUUGGAAGGGGUUCACAAGAUCAUCUGCAUCAAGUGUAAGUCGCGGUGGGACGGCAGCUGGCACCAGCUGGGCACCAUGUAUACCUAUGACAUCCUGGCCGCCUCUCCCUGUUGUCAGGCCCGCCUGAACUGUAAGCACUGCGGGAAGCCUGUGAUAGACGUGCGGAUUGGGAUGCAGUACUUCUCCGAGUACAGCAACGUCCAGCAAUGUCCACACUGUGGGAACCUGGACUACCAUUUCGUGAAGCCAUUUUCCUCCUUCAAAGUUCUUGAAGCUUAUUGAUGAAAGCUUUGCUUUAGUAAUAGCUAUUUUAUUGAUAUUAUUACUUUAUUACAUAUCUUUUAUAGGGAAACAUUCUGUGACAUUAAUUUCUUUUCUAAUUUAAAGGAGAGUUCCUUUGCGUAUGUGUGCCACUAAAAUGGGGCUGCCCCCUGCCCUCCUUUGACUCCUGAGUGUUAGUCUGUGGUCAUGACCAGAGCCCAAAUGGGUAAUCCUGUGAGUUUGGGGUAGCAGUUCCCUAUCACUAAGAAUCUCUCAUGCAGUUUUUAAGGUGGUGGGAGGAUGGAGUGGAUUUAGGAAAAGGAUUAUGUGGUUGUAAACUAAGAGCAUGGUAGGAAACUCUUUUUAAAGUGUUAACUGACUGGAGACUCACCUUUGGUCUUUUCUGGGCCUUGGGAAGAACACGUGACAAAUGAAUGUAAGUCUGUGCCUGGGGAGCUGAUAGUGCAUGAGUCCAUCUUGGUGUAGCCUCCUGCAGUGCACACUGACCUGCAGUUUACCCUCACAGAUGAUUUGCAGGUAGACAUGAGUGCUGUUCUAUCUGUUGUAAUUUAGCAGUUUCAUGCUGAAAAUGAUACCCAAAUUAUUAGACAUAUGAAAGCUUUUGGUGUUGCAAGUAAUUUUUAGAUAAGCUGACCUUUAACAAUAUACUAAAUGAAUUUGGAAAUGCUGUACACUGACCCAAGAGGGCAGAAAGGUAAGAACCUGUCAUUUGAAUUGUGUCUUUGAAGUUGGUCAAAUGGGCUCUUAAGGAGAAUCCAUGAAUAAACUGAUUUGGGUGGUACUGAUUUAUGUAGGUUGCACUUUUAAAGCACCAUUUGAUGUCAGAUUCUUCUCACAGGUAAAUCUCACAGCCACAGACCUAACUUUAAUAGUGAAGUGUGAGUUUCAGAACCAGUCAUUUCCAUGCUUAUCGUCCCCAAAAUUGCUUAUGGCCACAAUUUACCCAUUUAAUGCUAAGUUUCCAAAAAAUGAUUUGACCCUAACAUGGAAAGGAAAAAAAUUGUUUGUGAGGCUAGAAGGGAAAUAAUAAUUUUAAUAUGUCUUUUUAAAAUGUGUUUCAUUUUGGGAAAUCCCUGAUCAUAAUGUAUAGCAAUAUAUUUGAAAAUAGAUCAUUCUGAAGAUCUAUCCUACCAUUGGUGAAAAAAGAUAAUUUGUAUAAUUGAUUAGGCACAGAUUUGGGUUUUCCAAAAUACAACCUUCUGUUCAUUACAUACAGCUUGGUGAAUUAAAUAGACUGACACCCCAUACCCUUACAGAAUUGGAAUUGGAAUAUGAUUUCUCAAAAAUGAACUUAUAAUUUAAAGUAUAAUACACAUAUGCUAAAAGAAUGGUGAAAUCUUUUAUGGGUAGCAAAAUUUGGGGUUAUAUAAAUAACAUUUUAUAUUGCUCAUUUGGUUUAUACUAUUUUUUUUUCUUCUCAGAGAAACAGUUGUUUUUCUUUCAGUACAGUUUAGGCAUUAUUAGAAGUGAGUUUCAAUUCUGCUAUAUGAAAAAGUUGAUGUUUUGUUUGAAGCAACACAGCAUUAAAGGACCAAUAUACUGAGUAAUAUUCUUCAUUCAGUUUGGAUGAUUGUAAUUUGGUUUAACAUCUACUUUGGUGUUGAUGAUCUGAAAAAUAUUUCACAGUGCAGGAAAAUGCUCAAUGCCUAUAAGAAGCAGGAAAUUUGUUACUGGUCUAACAGUAUUUGAUGCAACUAAAAGAGGUCUGUAGGAUAUAGCCCUUGCAAAUUUGUCUUUAAUACACAAAGCUGUAAUUGUGAAUUAACCAUUUCCCUAUUGAUUGUCUCAUGUACUUAAGUAUAAAAAUUGUAAGUUUCUCUUCAGAGUACCAUUUCAAUUUUAUUUCUGAAUUUAAAAUGAAUAGUAAGAUAUUUGCAAUGCUGUUCUUUAACUCACAUAAAUUUUUACAGAGAAACCUGCUUUUAUUAUUGUUCUGAAGCUUAAAGUUAUGCGUCAGUCUCAUUCAGCAAGCUCCUCAAUCUAAAACUGCUUUGAGUGUAGUGUUGCGCUCAGUAUUUUCUCCUUAUAUUGUUUUCUAGUCUCUGAAAAACAAGUGUGAUGAGGUUGCACUGUAAUUGGAUAAAAUUUGCUUUUGGCCUUGAUUUUAAUGAUAGAGAUAGGAUUCUGCAGGUAUGUAAGAGGAGAGGCAUAGGUAUCAUGUCUGAGAAUGUCAUUUGUCUUUAAGGCAUUGCAUUCUUGUCUAAAGUGGAAAAUUUGGCUGAGUUGAGAAUAAAAUACUAUUCAGUAUGCAACAGUGUGAAGAAUAAAACUUAAUUUGGAAAUCUGUUGACCUUAGCAUUUUCUUGACGCUUUCUCAAAGCGCUUUGCACUGAGCACCUUGAUGGAGAUAGGAGUAUGUCAAAAAAGAUGAUUAUUUUUGUUUUGGUUUGGAUAUUAAAGGAUGUUAGUCACCCAAGAGAUCCAUUUUCUGUUUUUCUGAUACUGUUCAAUAACAUGAACCACUUGUAAGUGACCAAUAAUUUUUCAAAGUGAUUUUCUUCUACACUGAGUUACAGACCUUGAACAAAGAAAGUAAUAUGCUUUAGUUUAGUGAGAAGACUUUGUGAUGGUCUCAUAAUUUUCUCUUCAGGCCAUCUCAUUUCUCAACUCUCUUCUGGUUGCAUCUGAAGCAGUUGAUAUAUUGGGCUUAUACCUUAAAAGAUAGAUAUUGACCAUGAAAUUGGGGGUUGGGGGAGUUAUCCCAUUCUAGUUAAGAAAGAGCUUUCCUCAGUCUUUAAUUUCCAGUUUUGUAAAAGAAGUUCAUUUUCAGAAUAAAAAAGUGUUUUCAUGUCUGUUUGGGAGAAAUGAACUCAUCAAGAAAGACUAUUAUUACCAGGUGUUUAAAUCCUAAAACUAACAAAUACUCUGAUACAUAAUUUAUCAGGCCACCAAAACAAACUUGCUGAGAUUUUUUGUUUUGUCCUGUGAGACAAAUGCCUAACAUACAGUCUGUUCUUCUGUGCCCAGGUUGGUAGCUCCAGUUUGCUUUGCUCUUUAGUCUCACCGUAGCAGCUGCUGAGUGAUUUUAGGCGGAGGCCGGGGAAGGUGAGGAGAGAGAGCUCUUGGUCAGUGUGCUGGUUCCUGCCAUAGGUGCUGCCUGACCCCCUCCUCUCUGUGUCCUGUUGGUUUUAUUGUCAUCCCAGGUAACGGAAAGGAAAAUUCUGAAUGGGCAUCGUUAAAACAAACUCAAACACAUUCUCGUCAGUGAAGAUUUCUUGUCAAGAUAAGAUGUCUUGGAUCGCACUUUUGUUGAGGGAAGACAGUGUAAAUAGUUCAACAAUGUUGAUAAAAUUGGAACAUUUGCUUAUGGCAUUGUGUGUGGUGUUAGAAAGUUUCUGUUUGUGAAAUGUAUGUAUUAAAAAUAAUAAAAUUUCAGAAACAUUGUG